AUGAAUACUCGCACAGCACUUUACACCGGUGGUUGCCAAUGCGGUGCUAUUCGUUAUUCCAUCUCUGCACCUUCUGUUCAGUCUCUUACUGUGUGCCAUUGUCGAAUGUACUUUCAAUGGACACGUGGCUCCAUCGCUUCAUUUGAAAGUUCAUCGCUCGCUCGACGUAUCUUCUGUGCUCAGUGUGGUACUCCUCUCGCAUAUCAAUCUAAAGAGAAACCCUUAAUCGAUGUAUGUCUUGGCACGUUUGAUCAACCAAAGCAAUUUGGUAAACCAAAAAUGCAGAUAGGAGUGGAAAGUUGUCUUGGUGAAUGGGCUUUGGUUCAAGAUGCUAUCAAGAUGACAACUGAUCAGUUAAUUUCGGACGCUAUCGUGAGUUAUCAGCAUCCAGAUAAAGAUACAGACGAUAUAAGAUGGCAGCACAUGUGA